AUGCAUACCGCAUUCUUACUGCCUUUGCUGCUUCUUGCGGCCACCGCUGAGAGCCUGACUCUGAAGCCAGGCUGCCAGCCGAGCUGUGGCACCGUCGACAUCCCCUACCCGUUCGGCAUCGGCCAAGGCUGCUUCCGUGCUGGCUUCGAGAUCCAGUGCAACAACGGCAAGCCGACUCUAGGCAACACCAGUGAUAAUACACAGGUAACGAGCUUGUCGGUGACGCCGCGGCCGGAGGCCCGGGUAAUGCUGCGGGUAGCGUACCAGUGCUACAACUCCACGGGCGCAGCUAUCGAUACUUACAGCGGCUCGGUGGACCUUAACCCAACUGGCGUGUACCGCAUCUCCGACACUGCGAACGAGCUCUUCGUCCUCGGCUGCAACACCAUGAUCUUCACCAACUACACUGGGUGCGUCGCCUAUACCGACAACGCCAACAGCGCGCAGGACGGAGCCUGCGCCGGAAUUGGUUGCUGCCACAUCAACAUCCCGCCGGGCCUCACGGACAACCUGAUGCGGUUCACAAACGACGACAUGUGGCCGCACUCCAACCAGGAGUUCUGCCCCUGCGACUACGGCUUCAUCGUGGAGAAGGGCAACUACACAUUCCGUGCACAGGACCUCCAUAUGGACGGCAGCAUUACCAGUAUGCCGUUGAGGCUAGACUGGGCCAUCCGCGAUGGUAACUCCCUGUCCUGCGCCGAGGCGCCCAUCAUGCAGGGAUACACCUGCGUCAGCGCAAACAGCAAGUGUGUCGACUCCACCAAUGGCCCUGGAUACUUCUGCAAUUGCACCGAAGGCUACGAGGGCAACCCGUAUCUCGACAACGGAUGCACAAGCAUCGGUUUAGGUGUGUUUCUCUUAGUUGUUGCUGUGCUACUAGCUAUAGCACGCAUAGAGCACGACAAGAGAAAACUGGCUGUACAGUUUGAAAAGAAUGGGGGUAACAUACUUAAAGAAAUCACAGAAGUGACCAUUUUCACAGAGAAGGAAUUAACCAAAAUCACAAAGAAUAAUUCGGAGCCUCUGGGUAAAGGCAACUUUGGUAAUGUCUACAAAGGAACUCUUACCGACAAAACAGUGGUAGCAGUUAAGUCCUAUAUCAAGGUAGAUGACGCUAGAAGGAAGGAAUUUGCCCAGGAAAUGAAGGUGCAAUUGAAAAUGACCCAUGCCAACGUUCUCAAGCUCAGAGGUUGCUGCCUCCAGUUGGAUGUUCCAAUGUUGGUGUACGAGUUUGCUGGCAAAGGGAGUCUCAGAGAGAUCCUACAUGUCAAAGACCAAAGUCUCCCAGUAGACCUGCGGUUAGACAUUGCAAUAGGGUCGGCCAAAGGAUUAAGCUACAUGCACUCAAAACACAUACGGCAUGGUGAUGUCAAACCAGACAACAUACUUUUGGCUGACAACUUUGUACCAAAAAUAUCAGAUUUUGGGUUAUCAAAGGUGCUUAUAGUGACGGAAUAUUUUACACAGAACAUUAUUGGGGCCAUAAGUUACAUCGACCCGGUGUUCAGGAACACUGGUUUAUUAACACCAAAGAGUGAUGUAUAUAGCUUUGGUGCUGUUCUCCUGGAACUUAUAUCAAGAAAGCCAAUCGGAUACGGAAAAACUGGUAGCCUCAUUAUCGAGUUCCGCCAUAUCUAUGAGACAGAAAAGAGCGGGAAGUCGAUGUUUGACUUGGGAAUUGUAGCUGAAAAGGAUAUCUUGAUUUUAGAAGCAAUUGGCAAGCUUGCAAUUCGGUGCUUGAAAGAACAUCAAGACGACCGGCCUGAUAUGACAGAAGUGGCUGAUCAGCUUAUCAAUCUUAAAGUGAAAUUCGGCAGAUAUUUAACUGGGGAAUAUGCUUGCUACAGUUCUGGGGUGAGCGGAACUAGUGAUGCCACAUUGUCUAUGCAAUCCAGUACAUUAGAAGUUUCGGGGCUGCUUUGUAGUCAACCAAUGAACCAGGCUGGUUCAUGAAAGUAAGUUUUAUUAGAUUUAACUCAUUCUACGC